CGUCGUGAGCGGCGGGGGGGGGGCGGGGCGGUGCUGAAGGAGUGCGCCCACUGUCGGAAGGCCAUCACGGAGCGGUUCCUGCUCAAAGCCCUGGACUCCCUCUGGCACGAGGACUGCCUCAAGUGCGGCGUCUGCGGCUGCCGUCUCGGCGAGGUCGGCUCUACCCUCUACACCAAAGCCAACCUCAUACUCUGCAAAAGGGACUACCUCAGGUUAUUCGGUUCUACUGGCCUCUGCGCCGCGUGUGAUAAACCUAUUCCCGCUUUCGAGAUGGUCAUGCGGGCGAAAAGUAAUGUUUAUCAUUUAGAUUGUUUUGCCUGUCAACAAUGUAAUCAUAGGUUUUGCGUUGGCGACCGGUUUUACCUUUGUGAUAACAAAAUUUUGUGUGAAUAUGACUACGAGGAGCGGCUCGUGUUUGCGAAUAUGGCUUACAAUCCUAGCAGCUUAGCACAUAUCAGAAGGCAAGUCAGUCAGUUGCAGCCAGCAGCAGGAGCAAGAGGCAAUGUAGGGGGAGGAGUGGAGGUGCGACGGCAAACGUGCGGCGCCUCUUGUUUUCCCUCGAUCCCAACCAUGUUACCAUCAGCCACUCCCCCUCAGAUCAUUCAACAACAGCAACAGCAGCAACACCGCGAUGACGGCUCUAGCGGCUACGGCAGCCCCGAUUCAGAAACUUUCGAAUCGACCACUCAAUGAUUUUGUUUCUUGACACCUGCUUCCAUCCCGGGCCAAGUCUCAUCAAGUCAAAAACGGUGGAUGCAAUCAUGCUCGUGCUUCGAAACUUCUGCUCAUGUGCCCAUGAAACUUCAGUUAUAAAAACAUCUUCGCAUCUACUAUUCCUCUUGCCAAUAAGCUUCUCUCCUUAACUGUCUCAAAACUGAACCCUAUAAACUAAUGGUUUAAUAACCAACUAAUUCAAUUACUCAUUAUAAUUGAAACCAAAAUUUAAGAGUUCGCAAAUCGUUGCGAGGAAGUAAUGCUUAGCAGCCUAAAACCUCAGUGCAUAUGUCUUUACCUUUUUGUACAGAACUUAAGAGAGGGAGGACCAAAAAUCUUAAAUCAAUAGAAUAUUUGACAAGAUCGUGGCUCUGUUCUAGUGAUAAAAAAUAAAUAAUUGGCAAAUUUUUCCCGAAAAGCACCAAUUUUUCAAUCAUUCCUAUAUUGCUCAUUACUGUGUUUUCUGUAAUGUUAACUUUAAAUCCGUUUUUAAGUUUAAUCUACCCUCAAAAAUAAUCCUCUUUUUACAGCUCUCAGUAUAUAAUUUUAAAAAUGCUGCCCAAAUUAAGAAUUGAAAUGGUUGAUGGGAACCAAAUUUUAUUUCCUGAGUCUGUUAACCAACUAUGACUUCACCAAAUAUAAUGCCAUGAGAGUUUAAUGUACUGAAAAAAAUUUUAAUACUCUCCAGGAAAUUUUUAAGUAUUGCAUCUCUGAAAGGAAAAAAAAAUUAGGGAGUGAUUGAAACAAUGCAGCAGCAAAGAAAGUCUGUUAUGUGAGGGAAGCUGCCUUACAUUCAAAAAUAAGUAGGUAACUUGGCAAAUUCUGCCAUGCGAAGGAAAAACGCCGUAUGAGCCUUCAGACGUUGCCAAGUCUCCUUCAAUAAAUACUGAAUUUAAUCUAAAAUAUCUGAAAAUCUCAAAGAAAAAUGUGCAUGAACGUCGUCCAAAAUACAUGUUUUAUCAAGGGAAAUUUGGCAACUCUCGAAUGUUUAUACGGCGUUCUUCCUUAGCACGGCAUAAUUGCGAUUGAUCAAAUUAAAGGACAUCUUCAUCAGAAUCUGGUUCUUUUUUCUUUAAAAAAAAGAAAAAUAAAAAGAAAAAUAACGAAGCUCUGUCUAUAUAAGAGCGUCAAGUUUCGAAGAAAAAUGUUGUUGAUUGUUUUCGUUUUUAUUUUUGUACUCAUGUUCUUAGUUUUUAAAUUGUACCAUUUCCUCAAAGGGGGAAACAAGGAAGUCUUUUGUAGAAACUGUACCAAUUUGAACCCUAGUCACUAGGUUUUAAAAAUGUAACUAACGAUGAUGAUAGCAUAGUUAUAUCUCUUCGUUCUAGUCUCUUCCGCUGCUUGAAGCAUUGGUUCAGUUUUGUACUCGCAGUUACAACUUGCACUUGUGUUGUGUCCCUCAGAUGUGUUGGCUCACAGUAUAUCUGCAUGUGGCCCGUGGCCAUUUGUGUAAUGAAGGUUUCACGUGGCAACACCAAGUUGAGACACUUUUGACUUAACUUGUGAAUUGAUUUUUUUCAGUACCUAAGAUCUGACAGACUGGAAAUAAAAACCUAAGCUAAGCUAUCUCUGUCUCUCUCCCUCUCUCUCUCCCCCUCCCCUUUUGGCAGGUUUCCUGAAUAAUCCACAUGUAGUAGCAAAAAAAAGAUUACAAUUUCGUAGACAUACAUACGUUACCUCUGUUAAUGCCAAUGCUCUGAGGGACAAAAUGUUUCUUAUUCCUAACUGUAAAUAUAUUUAUAAAAUUAAGCUGUCCAAUGUACCUACCUUCUGUCAGUAAAAUUCAAAAAUCUUGAACGAGAAAUGUAUCUACAAGCACGCACCUGUUGAGGAUCAAAGCUAAAAUAAUAAUCAAAUUGAAAACUGCAGAAAGAAGAUUCUUAUAAUUUCGACUGUGGAUUAACCCGAAAAUACUUUGACGAAGAUGUCUCAUAUGGAUGCAUUGACAUUGAAUUCUUGAUGAGCGUUGUCUAAAGAUGCACUCUUCCCAUCUUAUUUUUGCUACUGUUCCAUAACUGUUCUGAAGGCAGUCUUAUGUUGGUAUCUUUGAUCGCUUACUUGGCUUGCUUAUAGAAAUAUCAAUGGCUAAUCACAGAAAUGUACAGAAAUAGAAAUUUUCAACAUCUUGGUUGUGAUUUUUGAAAAUUACCACUAUUUUACUUUUCACGAGCAAAAAGAAAGGGAGUUUAGAGGAAAAAAUACCUAAUGGAAAUUUUCUAAACGAUUUAUUAACUGGUUUUCCAAUUGAAAAAUAAGGUCUGUAAUGUUACAAUUCGAAAAUGUGGUUUGAAAGUUUAUCCAUUGAUACAGUGUGGUCAAAGAGGCGACCAAGAGUCUGAAAUCACAAAUCUGUUGGUUAAAUUCAUGGCCUACGUAGGUGUGGUGCUUUGUAUUCCAUAAAGCUGAUCAUUUUAUCUCACAUUAAAUCAAGAUACAUUUUCAAUUUCAAUUUUACUUCGGACGAAUUUUGCUCAAUUUUUCAAUAUGUUGUGUUUUGCUCCUGAAUAGAGUAAAUUAGGGCUGAUAAAACGAAAUUUCGGGCUUUUUGAGACAAGUUGAAAUAUUGAAAAUUUACACUGCCACCAAACUAAGGAAAGCCUUUUCUCUUGCAUAGACAAAGAAAAUCUUAAAGAAAAUUUUUUUGAAAGGCGGAAACAGUGGCAAAGCAAUACCUUUGUUUAAUAACCAUAGUGCUCAGAAAUUUCUUUUUUAAACCUGAGUUUCUUGAAAUUGGCACGGGGAAGGUUGUAAUGUUAACUCGGUGUGCUAAAGAGAUUUUAAUGGAUAUCAAGUCUAAAAACACCAAAAUUUUACCGGGCCGAAUUGCAAUUGGAAAUGUUCUUUGUCCUUUUCAAGAUACGGAAAAGAGGCUUCAUCAGGAUUUUGCUCAGAGAGCAUUCUGUAUAAACUGUAUGAUACUGUGUAAAUAACUAGGAAAAAACCCACUGAUGUCACUGUACGAUUUGAUUGAUAGAAUUGUAUAGAAGUUAAAUUGCUAUAUUUUAAAGUCCUAGUCUUUAUGAUGCCAAAUUAGGUAUUUUUCUUUAUUUUUAUUACUUUAUGAUUAGGAAUUCCAAGUUAUUGUUUUUCUUACUUUUUAUCGAAAUGGACUCCCAUAACGUUGAUGUUUGUACAUAAUUUUUGUUUUUUCUCUCUUCUUUUCUCCUUUUCGAGGUGAUCCUUCACACACUUUGCAAUUUAUUGUUUUCACGGUGGCGGUUUGAAGGGAUUUUAGGUGCAAAUUAGCCAACAGUGCUGACUCUCUUUCUUAUUCUUUUUACUACGGAUCGAAAGAUUUGGGUCUUACAUUGACGAAGCAGCAAAUUGUUCCAAGAUCAGUAGACCAAAGAUUUUAUGGAAAACGAACUCAACAUUUAUAUUUUUACCUGUUUUUACUCGUAGUAAUUUUAUUCCAAAAAAUACCUCAAAUUGAAGGUACCAAAAUGACACCCGCUUUUUGUCAAAAAUUAAAUCCUAAGUAUCAGCCUGCUCUGUCAAAAGAUAUAGUAAAAAGAAUACUGAAAGGACAAGUGUGUUAAUGAGUUAUCAUUAUGAAAUUUUGAUAUCUGUUCACAAGAUCUGAGCUUUCAAGAUACAGAUCUUCUUUUUGAAGUGCAGUCAUUUCCAUCAACUUUUAACUUCCUAUGGAAACUACCUGUAUAGACUGAAUAAGUGGUUACAUCAAUUGACAUAUUGCCAUUAAAUUGCGUCGCCUUUCAAGAAUGCAGCAGAAUGAUUGAUAUCAAAACAGUGCAUAUUUGUUCUGGGUGGAACCAUCGAAUAUUUCAAAUAUGGAAUGAUGCAAUCCCUAGAUCAGUCUAUAUUGUGUCAUGAAAUGCGCCUGUUUUCCAAUCUGGCAGCACCUACUCAUUAAUUUAUUUUUUCUGUUGUUGAGAUGCUUUGGGAUGCCCCAUAGAUUUUCCUCCUCUGCGUUAGGAACACUUUUUCAAUACUAAUUGCAAUGUUUCAAUUCUUGAAUUUUUUUAUCUCUAAUGGGUACAUUAGUUACACAGUUGACAUUUAUACCCCCAGAACUUAAACUUGAUCAUUGUAGGUCUGUUAAAUGAAUAAUCAAUCAUUUAGAUUAUUCCCUAAGAAAUCCCAUGACUGUUGUGCAUUUUCUAUUCUAGUUUGAUUCUCUGUCUCCCGCAUAUUCACAAGUAAAUCUUAUUUUAUGAGUCUUUUUAGUUCCAAUCAUGUUUAAAAAAAAUUCUUUAUUGCGAGUAGCUGUCUGUAUGUAGAGGCAGUAAUCAUACUGUAUUACAAAAAGAUCUCAUGAACAUCAAGAGCCUAAGAAGAGAUCUCAGCAAGCAAAAAUCUAAGUUCACAAUUAAUUAUGAGUCUACUAUUAUGUAGGAGGUAACAAAAAUGCAUUCCCAGUCUGAAUAAUCUGUCUGUGAAUUCCAUACAAAAUCAAAGGUACAAUCACAUGGAUGUCUCAAUGUGGAAGUGACUGCGUUAAGUAAAAGAUGAGCGUUCUGUGUUCAUUUCAGUAAUGUUGGGAAAUUUUGGAAAUGUCAACACUGAAAUAAAAUCUAAAAUCAAUGGUUUAUUCUAAUUCUGACUGCUCCUUGCUCAGUGUUCUGCUGAAGUUAAGGCGAUAUGGACCGACUUCAACAGAAAUGUACCAAGUCACAUUAAACUUGGACUGAGAAAAAUAGGUUUAAGUUUUAUUCCUUAUGAGCAUUGAUGUUCAGGACACAGUUCAGUGACUAUUUUCAUGUUCAAAAUAUUUUUUCUCGACUUUGAAAGUUUGAUGGGAGAAAAUUUACGAAUAGUUGAAUUUAAAACCACAUAUGUACUAACAGCUCAUUUUUGUCCAAAAUGUGACUUAGCCUGAUUCUGUUAAAAUCCGUCCAUAUGAUGGAAACUAAAUUGUUAUUACACUCUGCCAAUUUAAUUCUUUUUAUGUUACAGUUUUAAAAAAAAUGUGCUUUUAUGUAAUCUUGAACUCUUUGAAUGAUAGUCCUUAAAAGACUUAGUGUUUUGUUACAAAAGAGAUUGAGUAAGGUGGACCUGUAAGCCCAGAGGUAUACGAAUCAAUAAAUAUUUUGUUGUUUUCAAAA